GGGGACGUUGUAAGGGAGGAAAAUCCAUCAAAAGAAAAAGAGACAGACAGGAACUGACAGAAGGAGAGAGGAAGAGAGACGAAGAGAGACGAAGGGACAGACUACAUGAGUAACAAUCCCUCUUCUUCUCCUCUGACAGAACAGAGAAAGUCAUGGCUGAGAACGACACUAACCUCUUUCUGGAAAUACUUAAGUCUUUUGAUGCUGUCCCUCUGAUUAUAGCCUUCUGUGUGUCUAUGGUGGUGGGCCUGGUCUUGGGAGCCCUGGUCUAUGUGCUCCUCACCUGGAUGUCCCGACGCCGAGCAGGCUCUGCCAGCAUCACCCGCCGCCCCCCUCGCCAGUCACGCUCUUCUCGUGCCCGUCCAGGUUUCAACCGCAAUAGCAGCUAUGACCGGCGCAGCAACAACAGUUUGGUGAGCGCUGCGUUCAGCUUCCACCGCCAGGCCUCAUCCCCGGACCAGGUCGACCCGCUGGGGCGUAAAUCCAGCUUCAGGGCGUCUACCUUCCAUCCUCUGCUUCAGUGCAGCCAAAUCGCCAGGGAGGCAGAGCAGGGGAGCCAGACAACACUGCCUCGAACCCCAACUCUGACCACCUCAACUGGAUCGGCUCAAACAGCAGCCACACCAGCCAGCACCCCAUCCAGGCCCGAGUCAUUCUGGGGGAACAGUAGUCUGAGGGGUUUCCAUGCCACACAUACACCGCCUCCGGCUUAUGAGAGCAUUAUAAGGGCUUAUCAGGAAACCUGCACCUGAGAGGAGAGGGAGUGCCAGCAAAGGAGCUGGGACUGACUGAAUGAGCCCAGGGUUGCUAAUGGAUUUACACAUGAUGUUGGACUAUGGAUGAAAAAUUAAAAUCUGUACUGAUAACAAAGACCAUGCAGGGAUAGGUGGGAGGAACAUAACGAAAGGAAGUCAGAGUUACUUGUGUACCCUGCUCAUAGACACAAAACACUGAUAACACCGAUGUAAGGUGUUGUUAGAGCGCUGCUGCAUCUGAAACCAAAAAAAUCAAUUAUUGCAUUUCUUUUGAGCAUAUAUUUAAUUUUGACAGAGGCAUACUUGCCUGUCGCUUCCAAGUACUGACUGAAAACUAUCAACAAAAAGUCAUCUGACCGUUCUAGCAAUGCUAGCAAUGUAAUCGGUCAAUUCUUAAUGGCUGUUUAUGAACAGAAAUGAAUAAACCUAAAUAUUUAGCAGUCUGUAUGUAGUGGUGAUAAACACCUACAUAUGCUUGCACAGAAUGUCUUAGCUAGAUGAAGUUUAGAUGAAGCAACGAACGAAAAUCACAUCCUGUUUGCUGAGCAUCUAUGAUGCCAGAUAAGCGUACACUAAUCCUGUUUUGAUCCCGCUGAUCACCUUGGCCCAUCAAUGCAAAAGGGAGAGAGAGGGGGGAAACAGACUGUGUGGAUAUUAACAGACAAGUUGAGCAGUUUUUCGUAAGCUGUCACUGUGUCAGUAUGAUACCCAUGCAAGCACAUGGUGUGGGCAGCUCUCUGUUAAUUUCCUUUGUGUACGUUGCAUCACAGACACAAAAACACAAAGGUUUUUACAGCUGUGAUUGGCAUCUGAGUCUAUGGCAUUAAAUGGAAUCUACAAUAUAUAUGUGUGUGUGUGUGUGUGUGUGUGUGUGUGUGUGUGUGAGUGAGUCAGCGAGUGAGUGAGUGAGAGAUCAAGUGUAAAGUGUUAUUUGGAUUUUCUAUUUUGACUGUAAUUUACUGAACUCUGCAAAUAAGUUAAUGUAAUAAAGAAAC